AUGUCACAAAUCUGGAAGACUCGAACAAAUUUUUUGAAGGCAAAAAGCACGCGAACAGCUCGGGGAAGCUUUUCAAUUCACUCUUUUCAGUACCCAACAACAAAUAAGCAGAGUUUAUACAGUCGCAAGAUAUUGAAUUCGUUGUCUCUCACAAAAGGCUUUGUAGAGGACGCAAUCAGAAAAUUAGAACUUUCAAGAGAUGUUUUCAUUGUUUUAUGGACUCUGGAAAUACAUGUUCAGCAAGAUGGAGUUUCAUGUUCUUAUUCUUGGAAUCGACAAGGCUGGCAAAACAACGUUACUGGAGAAAGUGAAGUCACAGUACUCAAUCUUGGAAGGCCUUCCUCCAGACCGAAUUGUCCCAACCGUGGGACUCAAUAUUGGUCGUGUUGAAGUGUCAAACACAAAACUCGUAUUCUGGGACCUGGGAGGUCAGGCUGGUCUUCGCUCCAUUUGGGAAAAAUAUUAUGAAGAGGCACAUGCAGUGAUUUAUGUAAUCGAUGCUUCUUGUCCAUCCCGUUUUGAAGAUUCAAAAUCUGCUCUUGAAAAGGUUCUUCGGCAUGAAGAUUUACAAGGGGCUCCACUUUUGAUAUUAGCAAACAAGCAGGAUCUUGAAGAUGCUGUAUCAGUUGAUGAACUUGCUCGGUAUCUGGAGUUCAUAAAAUUGGAUGAAAGAGUAUAUACAUUUCAAGCUGUUUCAGCGAUUGACGGGCUGGGGAUUAAAGAAAGUGUGAACUGGCUAGUAGAUGCCAUGGAGAGAAGUAAGAGAACAGAUAUGUUGAGACUUCGUGCAGGACCUGGUGUUGUCUAGAAGUGAUGAUACAAACGACGAUUUUCUACUUUAUCAUAAUUUUGUCUGCAAAUAUAUUUGCAUCUGUAUAAUUUUGACAUUGGACUGAUAGCAAUUCAGUAGUUUCGCUAUGGCAAAGCCAAGGUUCUUUAUGUUCUUAUGACAA